GAGCCCAUGGAGCUGGCGCGCGGCGCGUCCAAGGGGGAUGGCGGGGCCGAGGCGCUGCUGGGUGAGCUGGAGGGGCUGGUGCAGGACGUGGUGAGGGCAAGUUCCUGGUGGGAGCUCCAUGGCGUGGAUUGUGCCAUCCUCGCACUCAGCCUCCUCGCCUUGCCAGCCGGGUUCCUGUGCCUGUCCUCUGAGAAUGUCCUGGUCUUUGCCAUUGGCAUCACCAUCUUGGGCGUGUGCCACUCCACRCUCACUGUCAAGGGCAGCCACCUGGCCACUCAUGGUGCCCUCACCAAGUCCAAACGCUGGAGCAAGAUCUGGUUGCUCUUCUUUGUAGAGGUGUGCACGGCCUUCACUUCGGAGUUCGGGAAGUUCAGCCACGUCAACAUGCACCACGGCUACACCAACGUGGUGGGUCUGGGGGACUCCAGCACGUGGAAGCUGCCUUGCCUUAACGGCUACGUCUACAUGUUCCUCGCGCCCUUCCUCAUCCCCAUCAUCACCCCGCUGGUGGCUCUUGAGCGGCUGUGGAAGGUGGAGCUGCGGAUAGCUCUGCGGACGCUGGGCCUGAUUUCCCUGGGCCUUUACUCUCAGUACUGGCUGCUCCUGAACGUGUCCGGCUUCAGGAGCCCCGGCUCGGCCCUGGCCUGCAUGCUGCUCAUCAGGGCCCUGCUGGCCCACCCCUUCCUCCACGUCAACAUCUUCCAGCACAUAGGGCUGCCCAUGUUCUCCCGGGACAAGAAGCCCCAACGGAUCCACAUGAUGACCCUGGGGGUUCUCAACCUGCCCCGGCUGCCCGUGUUGGACUGGGCGUUUGGCCACUCGCUCAUCAGUUGCCAUGUAGAACACCACCUGUUCCCCAAGCUCUCUGACAACAUGUGUCUGAAGGUGAAGCCUGUGGUGUCCCGGUUCCUCCAGGAGAAGCAGCUGCCAUACCAAGAGGACUCGUACUUGGCUCGCUUCCGGCUGUUCCUCAACCGCUACGAGGACUUCAUGGUGCAGGCCCCGCUGAUCACUGAGGUGGUGGGGCUGCAGUGAGGGCUGGGCUCCGCUCCCCGGCCCAGCC